ACCUCUUGAUUAAUAACCCAAUCUCUCUCUCUCCUCUCCCCCACCAAAACCCUAGACGAGACCCAACCAUGGCGGCCGCUCCGACAGAGUCCGUCCAAUGCUUCGGCCGGAAGAAGACGGCGGUGGCGGUGACCUACUGCAAGCGCGGCCGCGGCCUGAUCAAGAUCAACGGCUGUCCGAUCGAGCUAGUGGAGCCGGAGAUCCUCCGCUUCAAGGCGUUCGAGCCGAUCCUCCUCCUCGGACGCCACCGUUUCGCCGGCGUCGAUAUGAGGAUCCGCGUCAAGGGCGGCGGACACACCUCCCAAAUCUACGCCAUCCGCCAGAGCAUCGCCAAGGCCCUCGUCGCCUUCUACCAGAAGUACGUCGACGAGCAGAGCAAGAAGGAGAUCAAGGACAUCCUCGUAAGGUACGACCGGACUCUCCUCGUUGCCGAUCCUCGCCGCUGCGAGCCGAAGAAGUUCGGCGGUCGCGGUGCUAGAGCUAGGUUCCAGAAAUCCUAUCGUUGAAGAGAGAGAAAGAGAGAAUUUGGCGUCGUUCUUCUUUCUUUUCAUAUAUUUUGUGUUGUUCGAUAGGUUAAUAUGAAAUUUCCCUUGCUUUUAAGGGAGUUUUCUCUGUCUUUGUUUGGAUUUUAGGGAGGAAUUUUGCAAUUUUGCUGUCAUUUUGAACAAAAGUUCGGAUUUUUUGUUUUUACGAAUUCAGUGCUUUGUGUUGUUUCUUGGAUCAUCAGUUCA